CAUAGGCUACCGAAACGGCUAAAAAUGUUAAAAGUUGUUAUACCCAUCUUGUUGCUCUUGGAAUGUACAAUUGACUGUGACAACCUUAAUUGAAAUAGCUGUAAUGAAUUGUACUGUACAGGGUGUCCCAAAAAAACGAAAACUAUUGAAAUCACCAAUAACAAUUUAAUUGUUAGAAUUUGAAUGCCUUAGCACUCUGUUGGUUCCCACGAGUGCAUAAAUGAUUGACAUAAGUAAAUUUUAUGCAUCUUUAUGUUUAAGAAGAUGUUUUGAAUUCCCAAGAGCAGAAAAUCGUGCACUUUACAAGGAGAUGUUUUUAACUAAAUUUUAAUACAUGCACCUUGUCUACAGUACAGUAUAUUUUACGCAUCAUUACGUUCAGCUUUUUGGUAGGGCAUUCAAAUUAUAACAAUAGUGAUUUCAAUAGUUUUCGGGUUUUUUGGGACACCCUGUAUAAUGCCAUGCGUGUUAGUUCAAUAGUUCCCUAAUUGUCUGCUAGCUCCAGCCUCUUUAAUGAACUUUAAUUGUUCAUUUAUUCCCAUGGGUGUACACCGUUCGACUUAAAUUAGCACACCCACAACACUUGCAUAUUUGCAUUUAUUUAUUGCUGUCGAGCACAUUUUAGACCGUUCUAUUAAUCACCGUUAUAGAAGUCCAGGUACCAAUAUACCGCUCUAUUAAGUUAUGAAACUAACCUUGGUUGUAAAGGAAUAUGCUUUUGAAAAGUGGUUCGCCAUUUGAUCCUACAAUGGAGAAAUGAGUUUGUAUUACUGUCACCGACUACGUCUAUAUUAUUCAUGUGUUGAACUGGUGUAUUGUAGAGGACAAACACGGCACUUAAUUAACUCGAGCUAGGAAGAUUGGUCUUCGUUAUUUUGUCAGGUAAGAGUUAUAAUUUAAGUUCUUUGGCGUCAUUCAUACAUAUCUAAACGUGUAUAACAUAUUUCGGUAGUUUGCCGGACGAUGAAUCUUUCAAAUAUAAGCCAGACGAGCAAGCUCGCUGGUGAAAAGUUUUAUUCAUUCGUGUAUUCCGAUUCAGCUUUGCCAUGCAAGUUAUUCUAUGACAAAUAUUAAAUAUACACUUCAGUGUUCAAAAGCUAGUCAUGGAAAGAACUGGCAAAGUACAAAUUCUGCUCGUCUAUGACUAUGAGCACCGAGUCGACUUGCUUAUUGUGGCCUACCAGAAAUCCAAAAAGUUGUCAUAGAAAAUUCGCUGUACGUACACAGGAGGAAAUAGACGAGAAUAAAAGUUGCCAUGCAUGCAUAUGAAAACUUGUCCUAGCAAACAUGCUAUAGUGCUCUGGUUCACUUCACUCGCCUUCCUAAAACAUUCAGUGUAUCAUUUCUCUACCUUUCUUAGAUAUUUGAAGUCGAUGUCAUCUCUCUUGCAUGUCCAGAAAAACGUCGCGGUUGCAUUGCGACAGAAUCGCGACUAAACAACGAAAGAAUUAAUUGCAGAUGAAAUUCUAGACAAGUCUAAAGCAUUGUAUUCAUGAAUUUACUGAAACAGAUGAAGCUGAAAUGAAGCAGGAAACAACGGUUAAGUACCAUUUUACUAAUAAUGAUAUAAUAAAUAUUAAAGCCCAGCAAAGUGCUUUUAAAAGAGCCAUAAACCAUUAAUCUUAAAAUUUUUAAUAAAGAUGUAGUAACGUUUCGUCUUAACUUAAGACAUCUUCAGACUAUAUUAAAUUACAAGACGAAACGUUACUAAAUCUUUAUUAAAACUUUUAAAAUUAAUGGUUUAUGGCUCUUUUAAAAGCACUUUGCUGGGCUUUAAUAUUUAUUAUUAGAAUUUGUUUUCCGUCUGGUACUUCUCUGGUAACAAUAAUGAUAUAGUCUUGAAUUGCAGUUCGGUGGUACAAUCUUUCAAUGAAAAUUGCAGGAGUUAGUAUCAUAUGGGCGGAUUUAGGAGGGGUUAACCCCCCUCCUAGAAUCUCUCUAACCCCUCUUAAAAAGUGUUCAAGCCCACCAAAAUUUCGCUUCACCCUUCCUAUUUUGUGUGAAGGUCUUUAACCUUAAUGCCUAACCCCUACCAAAGCUCGCUCAGUGGUGCCGCUUGCACCUCACUAGAAAUUUUUCCACCCUUCCUUUAAAAAAUAUGAAGAUCCGCCCUUGGGAAGUGUGAUUAUGGGAGCUCUAGUUUAAACAACUUAUCAUUACUCCCCUUGUCGGCGCUAUUCUGCCAUAACUAAAUCAUGCUGUUGUCCCAGUUAAUGACGCCGCUUGUACUUUCCUCAGAAAGCAAUACAGUGUAAAUAGUCAAUAUUUAAAGUGAGUUGAAUCUUCAAUAUCCCACGACAGGGGUAUAUGUUUCAAGGCGCUACAAUUAACUUGGAACGCCUUCAUUUUGAUACUGUCGUAAAAAUGUUUCCAUAUCUUCUUCUAAAUUUUUUGCGGGUAUCUCGCUCCACAGAACACAAUUUAUAACUGGUAGAUGACUGAGUGAUACAAGUCGUACCAAACGUGGUAGUACACCUGUUCAAUGGACUACAUAGUAUUCUAACAUAAGGCAUAAGCAUAGAAUAAAGAUCCAUAUAGAAGGGCCACUUACGUCGGAAGAAGCUUUGAAGUUUCUGUCCUCGCGCAUGUUGCAUUACGCAUAUUGGCCGCCAUUUUCCUAGCCAGUCAAAGACAUUUUCUAGCCAAUAACACGCUGUACUGGCUGGCUGCUCCGCCUUCUGGCCAGUAAACUGCAUAUUUUUGCAUAAAAAAACGCGGACACGUUGCACCGCUGAGUGGCCCUUCUGUUACUGCAUGAUCUAUAUUCUGUGGCAUAAGCAGCGACGUGCAUAAGUUGGUUCUAAAGGCCUGUUUACACUUGCAAUUUUUGCUGCGAUUUCUAGUGGGAUUUUCUUCUUCUCAUGCAUGUGAACGAGUAGAUGAGUUACGAAUAUUCUGAAUAUGACAAUAUGUGUACCUUCAUCUCAACAUUCAUAACUCAUCCACUCGAUCACAUCCGUCAGAAGAAGAAAAUCGCACUGGAAAUCGCAGCACAAAUUGCAAGUGUAUACGGGAGUUUUCCACUAGGCGAAAUUUUUCGACCGAAUCGAAAUUUUCUUUUGUCUUUUUACAAUGGACCUUUCCCCUUAUAACUAAAAUUUCGAUCUAGACAAAAAUUUCAUCACAGCUUGAAAGAGCAUCACAAAAUUAGUAAUAUUCCAAAGUUUUGUUGCAAAAUCUUGUAAAAUGCGGAUAAUAUAGCCUUGCGCCAUUUUUCAGUCAUUUUGUAUUACAAACGAGAAAUUGACAUCCGAUUCGGGUGUUGGGGCUGCAAUUUCCCGUUUGUAAUGCAAAAUGACUGAAAAUUGCAAACUUCGCAAGGCUCUAUUUUCCUCAUUUUACAACAUUUCGCAACGAAACUUUGGAAUAUUACUAAUUUUGUGAUGCUCUUUCAAGCUGUGAUGAAAUAUUUGUCUAGACUUGCCUAGAUCAAAAUUUUGGUUACAAGGGGAAAGGUCUAUUAGUUCUGCUUGAGAGCUCAUGAAACAAAGAGAAAUUUCGAUUCGGUCGAAAAACUCCGCCUAGUGGAAAACCGCCUUUACAAGCACUCAGAUGGAACUAAUCAGAAAUCUUUUGAAUUUGAACAAUAGAAAUUUCGGUUCGAUCGAAAAAAUUCGCCUAGUGGAAAACCGUCUUUAAGGUCCAGACACACCGGACGCGAUUCGACAACGCGACGCGAUUUUUUAGUUUUUGAAAGUUAAUAAAAUAGCCAUUGAGAGGUAAUUUUGAAAGAUAUGUAGACCAAAUAACUCAAAAUGUUAUAGUGCUUCUAAAUAUUUGGAAAAUUGAAACUAGGAUCAAAGUUAUCGGUCAGUGAAAAUAAAAAAAUCGCGUAAGCAAAGUAAUAUUUUCAAUGGAUUUCCAAGGAAACUGUCAAACUCACCAGUAAACUAUAUUCACAAUCUUCACCCUCAUAUCCUGCACUCCAUACCGUACUAUCUGUACUCUCGUGACCAUCACUAUCCUCUUUACCACUGCUAUCCCUCUUACCAGCCUUCUCAAUAUCAACGUCAUCAUCAUCUUCAUUAUCACUGGAGUUUGAUUUCUCUUGCGCUUUUUUGUUGCUAUUGGUUACAACAGCUGGGCAGCCUUUGAAAUGUUUCUCAACCCAACCUCUCUUCCGGAGACUCUUACGAACUACUGGAUAAGGUCCGUGGCAGACAAACACUUUAUGAUUCUAAAACACACAAUCGCCCGAAAAUCAUUUGAAGACAUGUCGUUCUAUUGAAAUACUUGAAAUACAGUUCCUUCCUGAUGAGCUUUGAUUCUCAGCAAUACAAACCGAUUGGUUCUGAUCAUGCGUACAAACUAUAGACCCAUUGCAUUGGAGGUUCAAUCUGAGCUUCCCUUGAGUGUCAGUGCUGUUUUUGAAUAGCUGGAGGGGUAGUGUCGUUCCUUAUUAUGUGACUACUCACCCUCCAGCUAUUCAAAAACAGCAUUGACACUCAAGGGAAGCGCAGAUUCAACCUCCACUCAUUGAGUGUGAGUGAGCUUUUAGAAUACAGGCGUAAAACUACCUACAUGAAGCAUUUCUUGCUAAAACACUAACCUUCAUUGCAUUUUCCGCCAUCUGUUUGGUCUCUCGUAACUUUUUAAACAUCGGCAUAUUGUGAUACUUUGAGCCCCUCCUCACUUCACCCGAGACAGUCGAAGCUUUUCUAUGACCCUCUUUCGGCUUCAUGACUACUUUACUUGGCUUGAUUAUAUCCCCAGGAAGAAGUCCGUUUUUAUCAUUGUUCGCUCCGGGGUGGGUUUUCAGUCUUUUGUGCCUUCGUAAUGAAAGUCUGAUUUGGUUCACCGAUUGGUAUGGUGAAUUUUGUGUCAAGUCAUUAACUGGUGGUUUUUUCAUGGAGUUGUUGUGAGAUGGUACCAUGUUGGUUCCUUGAGGAUCACCAGUUGCCAGGCAGUCUGAGGCUGAUCUUGUUAAUUCAGUCUCUUCUAUUUCAUCUGUUUUGCCAUCGGUUUGGAUUAGCCUCUCGGACCUGCUUUGUUCCUAUUUUAAUAAUAUUCAUGAAAAAAUUACUCGAUUCUGAUUGCCUAAGAUUGAGAUUUAAGUUUUGACUUCGGACAGUUAAGUUGAAACGUGUUUUAAGUUGUUGUGCCAUUCAAAUGAAUAAGUCAAUUAUUUAUUACAGGAAUUAAUUAUUCUGAGCCUAGGUGACUGUGUUGCUAAAAGUAGGCGGCUGUGAGGAGCGGGGGGGGGGGGUGGUCUAUGGAGUCUUAAAGGCACAGUUCAGCCUUCUUGAAUGAUGGUUUUUAAGGCGCAUUUAAAACCUUUUAAGACUUUUAUUGAAAGAACUAACUAAGAAAUUAAAUCCAUUAUGCAUAAUUCAAGUUCAGUAAACUCAAUGUUUUUAACAAUAAAAAGGUUUUAAAAUGUUAAAAACAUUAAGUUUGCUGAUCUUGAAUUAUGCUUAAUUGAUUUUCCUAGUUAGUUUUUUUCAUUUAACAGGGCUGAAAUGCGCCUUAAAAACCAUCAUUCAAAAGGCCGAACUGCAACACAACUAAGCUCUGUAAUGUAUCACUACUUUGAUUCAGUCAAGAUUAAAUAGAUGGCAAAUAACUAAAUAGGUUUUACGAAAUAGUAUCUAGUGUCGUUUUCGAGAAAACCAGGCUACAUAAAGUAGACGAGGUUGAGAAAAAAUAACUUUGUUUGUUUGAAAGCUUAGUAGAGGAAGGAGAGCAGUAUUGACAUUUCAAGUACGAAACACUGGCGGCAAAUCUCGUGGCACCUGCCGGAGCUCCGAUUUUAUUUAGCAUGUGUCAUUUCAUGCCUACAAGUGACCGUGAAUUUGCUUCUGCAUAAUAUGUGUAUAAUUCAUGUAUAUUAUUAAUAAGUAAUAGUAUAGUUUCUCGUGCAAUUUCGAAAAACACUCGUUUUUCGAAAUUGCACGAGAAACUAUUCCAUUACUUAUUAAUACUAUUACUAUAUACUAUUAUACUAUACUAUUACUUAUUUCACAAGAAUUGCACUUGUCCUUUGGGCUCCUGCAAUUUUGAUACGUAUUAUACUGCUAAAUAUGAAUAAAAUAUAUUCGAAAUGUACAAUUUUUAAUAAAUUGUGUAUCAGACCUAUUAUAUUAGAUGGGUUUUGUAGAUGGAAAAUUCGAACGCAAAUUUAUAUACUUUUUCAUAUAUACUCUGGUGCAGUGCUGUAAGACUAAGACUAACCAUUUGAGGUUAUUGAGCUACGGAGUCCAGUUGCUAAGCAUUAGCCACAAAUUCUUUAAAAAAAUGUAUAUAAAUUCGCUUUCGAAUAUUGCAUCUCCGAAAAACCCAUCUGCUAUUAUAGUUAUAUUGAACGAGAUGACUAAACUGAAAACUGGAUGUAUUAAAAAUGGAACGAGCUAUAUGCACACGUUUAUCAGAAUAACUUUCAUUCCGUAUUCAAAAGUCUCAAUAAUAAUUUUCAAGGGCAUCACUUUCCAAAAAAUCAUUAUACUUUUACUUCUCAAAAUUAGAAUCCAAUUCUAAUACGAAACAAUUAUAUUUACUCAGAAUAUUAAAAAUCUGAGUCAACAUCGGUUAUUUGACAAAUAAUCUUGAAUUGCUAUUUACCACAUAAUCUUCAAUAUACAUACCACAUUCGACCUCUUUUGUUUGUGAGAUCGAAUCACGGGAACAAGUCGUCCUUGGUUUGCUUGAGAUAUCGGCAUUAAUUCCUGAUUGUCUAACUAAAAAUUUGAAAAAUUUUACACGCAACGUAUAAGAUGCAUGAAUUUCAAUUCUGAAAGCAGGUGCAACAAUGUUGCAAAUUAGUUUAAGGUUCCUCAAAUUAGAAUAUUGUGGGUUUUGUUCUUGUUAAUAUUUUAUCAUAUGAAUGUUCGGCAUGAUUUGCAUUUUACGAGAACAUAUAGACAUAAUAUCUAUGGGCUAAUUAGGCUUUUUGUCACAGUUUGAAUUUUGAUGACGCUGUUGUAAUUGCAGAAACUUCAAAGUUUUAUAGUGUUAAAACUUGCCUUUUUAGACGAGUAUAUUGUCGCGUAACUGGCUACGAAGAGGAUUCAGUUUUACCGAUAGGCCUGUUCAGUGUUGUGAGAUCGAAAAAAACUUCAAACGUGCAUCAGAAUUGUCUCCUUGACAAUUCUUUUGCAAUUCGUAAUGAUUGAAACGUUGCACGAGGGGUUUGCACAUUGAUUAUUGCACAAUUUUAUAAAAAAUCAUGUUUCCGAACGAUUUAAUUGUGCAUAUACCUAAUACCCAACUUAUGAAUGUAAAAGCCAAAAGACUUAUUUCAACAUGCAUAUUCCCUACUUUGUGCUUAUAAGCUGAUUGACAAGGGAUGUUAUCGGAAUUAGGAAUUUCGUUUUAAAUAUUGAAUUUUUUAAGAGAAAUAGCUUUUACAAUAGGAAUUAUAUCAGAAACAAUAGUCUUGAUAGAUAUAUUUGACUGUUAUAGUCACUGAGAUUUCAGCUAUUUCUAUUUGAGAGACAGCACCCUCCCUUGACAAGUAAAAUCAUCUGACAUUAGACAGAGUAAAAUGACAAAAUACGGCGCAUCAGGGUCAGUUUAAGGUUACAGAACACCUUUGAGGGUUAAUUUUGCCUAAAAUUUUUUUAUUGGUUUCAAUGAAAGCAGUAGACUAGUUCUACUAUCUGACCAAGUUUGAACGGAAAAUGUUGAAAACUCGCAGAGUUAUUUAAUAAAAUACAUUUCGCUGCAAUAAGAAAAACAUUGAAAUUGUAAAUAUUCAAAUUCAAUUUUCUCCCGAAGAAUUUUACGGUAAUUACUGAUUUUCAAACGACUGAGUUGUGCUCCUGCGGGUUUUGACCAAUUUUUCUCAAAUUUUCACAGGACAUAGCUAAAGACGUCAGUUCAAAAUUGUGUUCGGCUUUUUUUUUAAUUUUGGAUAUUUUAAUAAUAAAGAGCAAUUCACUCAAACAAUUCAGAAAUAUAUUGCAGCCGCCAAAAAAAUCGCCAUAUCAGCGGAAUGACGAAAUAAACAAAAAAUUCCAAACACAAGUUUUUAGAACAACUAUUUUACUGUAUAAAAAUGAUAUUUUCAUAAAUAUAACUUAAAACCAGCAGGAGCACAACUCAAAAGCGUAACGGUACCGCGAUUUACGAUUUUCCUGAAUAAUUCUUAUAUUAUUUUAUUGUUUGUUAAUUUUACAACUUUACCAUAUUUUGCAUACACUGGCGAACAUUUGGUGAAAAUUUGAUUUAAAUCGGACUGAUAUUGAGCGCGCAGUAGGGAUUUUCCGCAAAACGCCAAAAAGGGUGUCCUGUAACCUUAAUGUAUAUAGUCGCGUUUGUUGUGAUGUUGCAAGUCACAUUUCUAGAGUAGAGAAGAGAUCAUUGUAAGUAUGUACACAAAUCCAUCAAUGGAAAGUCGAAUUGUGAAAGAAAGAAAAAUUUCGUAAUGAAGGUUAAGGUUAUGUAUGUAAUAUAAAAAAAAAUGUUAUGAUAUAAAAUAUUAAAAAACCGUUCCCUUAUCGCAUUAGAAUUCAGAAAUCCAAUUAUAGCCUUUGUAAAAAAUUGUAAAUCUGUACAUAACAAAAACUCGUACCCGUAAAAAACUAAUUCCAUUUUGAUAGAAUACAAGCUAUUUGCAAUAAUAUUAGAAAAAGCUUCCGUAUAUCGCAUUAAAAUUCAGGUAUCCAAUCAAUGUAUUUACACUAUAAAUAGGAACAUGCUGUGUUUACUGUUUUGAAACCUGUUAUUUGGCCACAAAAAUGUACAAGAUUUUAAAAAUAACCUGCAAAGUUUAUUUAACCGUGAUUUAACGCAUUCAACGUUAACCUCUGACCGGUUCUCUGCUUUUAAUUAAAGAAAUUCAAUUCCAAAUUUUUCGAAUAUUUUGCACUUCACAACACUCGAGAAAUCUUACCAUUUUUUUCUGUUUUUCGACAUGAAUAAGUUGUCGUUCAAGGAAUGAUGUUUUUAAACCCUGUGCGAUUUUCUCACUUCGGCUGCUCACUUUGGGCUUAAACGUGAAUUUCAUUUGCACUUCGGCGACUAAAGCAUUCGCCCGCCUUUCUAUAGAUUCGCGAGCCCGUCCAGUGCGGUCUUUUGCCAUGCGAACGCUCGCUACGUUAAGCCUCGGAGUAAACGUGAAUUCCUGCUCGAAUUUAACCGAAGGCCGACGAUGCUGCCUCUCAAUAGUCUCUCCCUCUUCGCUCUUGCUUUUAACAACCCCAUCUUUAGCUAAAUUGCAAGUUUUCGUCUCCCUUUCCGCUGGAAAUUCGUCGCAAGUUAGGUUGGUAAUUUUUAAUCCGCGAUUACUAUGGGGCAAAACAGCUUCCGUAUUUCCACGACAAUAAUCAGCUCUCGUGUGUUCACGGCAUAAUGAUUCACGCAUGUUUCUGUACUGUUCACAGUAUUUCAACAUUGUCGGUUAACAUGAGAGCAGCCGUGGAAAUUCGAAGUUCGGCGUUCUAUAUCUUUGUGUUGUUAUGAACGCCAUGUUGAACUUUGACGCCGUGGUUGCCACGCAACAGCGUAAUUGCCACAUCGUGCGUUAAGGUGGCGCUGCAAUGUUUUGUGACAAAAUUAUGCUUGUGCAGAUUAAUACAUUGAAUUCUCAUGCGAAACUUCAAUAAAGACAAUAAUUGUAAAGAGGAUUGCUCAGUCAAAGGCUUAUUGAACAUGAAUUACUAAAAAAUUACAUCUAUUUUACAGUGCGUCUACAGUAAGUGGGGUCACUUAGAGAACACUAACCAAUCGCAUUGCAGAAAAAUCUAAAGCUCGUCCAAAUGUCCAAUGAAAAGAAAGAUUCAGGAAGUCAUUAACUGCAAUGUUUACUUUUACAAGUAUAUUUUUACCAUUUGAUAUUCGUUUAUUUGUUCAAAUUGUUUUUGGCCCAAUGCUGAUUGGCUAAUGCGCCGUUUGUUGAUUUUUUCAAUUUUUGUUCUGCAAUGUGAUUGGUUAGUGUUCUCUAAGCGGCCCCACUUACUGUAGACGCACUGUAAUUAAAGCUACCAAUAAAUUUUACCAUUUUCAUAAAACAUAAAAGUGAUAUAACCAAAUCUGGCGUACCACUUUCUAAUAAAACGGUCUGAAUUUUUGCGGUAACCUCGUGCGUCCGCACGGAUAUGUGCGCAUGCGUCUUUUGAUGGGAUGGACCUUUAUGCGGACUAAUAGGCCUGGGGUGAGCGAAAUUACAUAAACAGCUGGUGGGGUGGACGGCGCAUGCAUGCACCUUGUACGGUUUCGUCCAAAAUCUGCGAGCAACGUGUAAAUGGCUGCUUUAAUUAAGACUUAACCUGUUCAGCGUGCCUUGACGCCUGUGCAGAGCUUGCUGUCGAAACCAUCUGCAGUCUCCUAUAAAUUCUAAUACGCGCGAAUGGUAUUCUACAUCUGUCAGUCUAAUUAACGAGACGAUGACGUGUUGGGAGAAUUUCGAUCAUUUUCUGUCGGCUCAAAUGAAAUUUAAGCAUUCGCGUUUGCGUUAUCGCGUUAUUUGUAUUGAGUGAUUUCUUCAGAAGCACUUUUGAGGCUGCGUCACGCACGGGUGAGGACGAGGGAGGCUGAAGUUUGCGGAUCAAAACCAUUCGAAAGGAAGGAGAAUUUUGGCCGGAGGUAAUUAGCAUGAAUAUAAGACAAUAAUAGGAUAGUUGUGUGCUGGUUAAAGACCGCGAUAUUAAGUUGUCCAUAGAUCAUUUGUUCAAUUACUGAAGCGUGCCAUCCUACAAGCUCAUAAAUCGCCUAGACUCGGUUAUUCUUUAAUUAACAUCUUUUAAAUUUUAUGUAGAACUACGUUUAUCGUUUGUGUCUGUUUUCAAGGGAAUUAAAUUGAGGCUAUGCGCAAUAACGCUGCGAAUCUUCUAUCUUAGAACCAACUUAGGGGAAGCGUGAAAUAUACAUUAUAUUUAUUGUACAAACGCAAGAAUUCAUUUAGCGUUACUUCCUAAUUCAUUGAAUACGUAGUUACAAUCCUGGCUCGUUCUUUUAAUUUCAAUCCCUGCUGAGCUCAAUGCUGUGUAAUAAUAUACGGUGUUGGGUUUUUGCCAUAUGGAUGUAAGAGGUUCGCGUGAUAACGUCCGUUACAGUCACACGGGAAAUCUCACGAUAUUUUGUUUUGCGCGUUCAGACCGAACGAAUUUGAGCGCGCGGCCGACUAUAUGAAUUUCCAUAUAAACAAAUGAAUUCGAACGAAUUUGCGCAUAGUUCCGAAUUUUCUUGUGCGAUACGCAAAAGGCUUCGAUAUACGAGUCUUAGAUAUGCAAAACAUUGUUAAAUAGACCUAGAAAAAUCUGUCUUUAUACCAACUGAGAUUGAGGAACAGCAUACGUUAUGGAAGAAUCUUAAGGUAUCAUACUAUCAUUAUAUAUGGUCAAUUUUCCAUUGCUUUUAAUACGCACCUUUGAGCAACGUUUGGAAAUGGCAAAUUCAGGAUCCGAGGCCGUUUUUAUUUUGUUACCGGACUAAACUAUUCUCGUGAUUUAGUUUGACUUUAAAUGCUUUUGUUUAUCUUACAAAACCUUAUCUACACUUAGUUACUCUUGCGGUCCCUGAGUUUACACAAAAGCUUUUCGCAAGCAUUUGAUGCAAACAUUCGGUAAUUCAAAUAUUGUGACGUCCUAUUUGCAUCCUUCACUGCAUAUAAGAGGUUUUUAGCAGUCUUGGUCUGGUCCUACUUCCCAGCUCCAACUACCAUCCCUAGUGUCAAAUAAAGUCUGUAUGUUGAAACAGUUGUGUUGUAGCAUUAAUCAUUGUUGGCAUCGGUAUUCAAAGAUUCCGUUCUGGAUUAGGAGACCCUCGCGCAAGACUAACCCCAACAACCGACCUCUACUUCCCAAUAUAUAAAAUUGGCGCUGUAUAUUGAACGUGCCAAUCCUGUAAUAGCCUCUAUUGAAGUUUUGAACUGUCAUUUUAUUUAUUCUCUCAUAUACAACUGGAACGAACAUGAACAUGAUGCAGUAGUAGAAGCUCGGUUUGCUGAGAAGAAAGACACAUGUUCUAAACACUGUCCCCUAAAAGAGUAACUGUCCACGAGUACUUCUAACAGCCACUGGAAUUUUAUCGGCCGGUAGUUUUAGAUCAUUGGCCCUGUUAGUGACCAACACUGAUGGAUAACGCAACUAAUGAUAUUUUGUUACAUGCAAAGCGCUACUAACUGCUCUGCCGCCAGGAAUAAUCUUCAUUCUCGGACUUCGUUAUAAACCGAUUGUGUUUUGGAGGAUAAUUUCCUUUGUGCCCUAAAUAGGUUUGCGUAGCAAAAAUAUAUCUUUCCGACAGAAAGAACGCGAUUAGUUUGAGUGACUUAUAUUCAAAGCAGCAUACUACAUUCCGGUUAUUAAAAAUCUUCGAAUGAUUUAAUUUAUCGAGAUAAGAAUCGCACAGGUGGACAGAAUUAUUUUGAAUGUAAAUUAAUCUGCUUGCGUCACAUCAACACCCGUUUCAAAUUUAUGUUACGCUUCUGUCAUUCGAAAGGCAAGCUUAAACUGCCUAAAGCUACCCAAUUAGAUACAAUCGAGGCUGCAAUUACAACAAAAAGCUUCGUUGAUGCAUAAAUUCGCGUAACAAAUGGUUUCCGUGACUAAACUCCGAAGGCGUUCGGUAAAAUGAUCCCGCGCAAUUCCGAGGUGUGAAUGAUCGGGGCGCCAUGUUUUAAUUGGUUUGGAAUGAGUUCAUUAGUUUAUUAAAAUUAUAGCGUGACUGCAAACGACAUGCGUUAUCAAAAAUAAUGGGAUGUAGAGAUUUGUGAAAUUUAAAUUUUUCAAACCGCUACGGCGAAUGAUACAUAAGUCGUUGUGCGAAUGGUUAGGACAGAAGGCGGAUGCGGAUACGGAUAAAACGCGGAGCGGAUAUGGGGAUAAAACGCGGAUAUCUCCGUCGCCUGACAAGCAAGCAGCGACGACAGCAAAAUAUGUGGCGAACUCCUUGCGUGAGUCAGACGCUACUUUAAUAAUACAUCAUGACUGACCGUGUUAUAUCAGAUAUACAAUUACGAGCCGAAACCUUAUUUUUAGAAAAUCUCCAAUUGUGGACUUAGAAAAUCUGAAGUAUUAAAACUAUACAUAUAACACAUGCAAAAUUGCCGUAAUCAAAAUGUAAUGCAUAAUGAUCGCCCAAAGGUAGCAGAUAUUCCACGUCACGCGUAUAGGCAUUGCUUGCUUUCUGGGCUUCAAUUUCAGUACCCGAGAUAUUACUUCAGUAAUACGUAAAUUCUGGUCACGACACAGUUAUCCCUCAUGAUCCUCUGUUACUAAUCCCAGUUGUUUCUCUAUAAGUGUUGCGUAAUUCUGCUUUCGGAGUUUAGCCCACCGAGUUACCUGCGGAGGAGGCUUGUAUCGCAUCAUAUUUGAGAGCAAUUAACCUCGCAUAUUUAUAUUACGCGGCACUACUUUAUGUUUUAUCAUGCUUAAGAAAAUAAACUUGACCUCAAUCAAACAAGAGCUGCUGACAGCUUCAAUACUGAACAAGAAUGCUAUUAAAAUGGCAAGCAAUAUACAACAAUCGUUUUUACAACAAUAGAUGGCUGACCGUUUGCAUGCAACUGCAAACACGCACAUUAGUGUACAAAAAAUGCACUGUUAAAAGCCUAACAUACUAGCCCUUGAACAAGCGUACUUGUCAUAGUAAAAAUAGGCAAGGUCGAUACAGACGAGCAAAUGAAAACUUGACUCGGACAAUUGGCAAACAAAAUGAAACUUGCCAUAGAAAACUUGCAAAAAAAACCUGCUUGUCUGUUAUUGGCUUAUUAUUGUAAAUUCGCUGAAGAAUGCACUAAGCAAAUUGAAUAUCAAGUUUGCUUCAAACUAUCACAAAGCACAAAUUGAUCAAAGCUUGUGAAAUGUAAACCUUUUUCAAAAACUUUCAUCAGAGUCCAAAUUUACAAGAUUUGGUCAGAUUUGGUCUAAAGCACUACUAGAGCAAUAAUUUUUAUAACUAUUCUUCAUAUAAAUUAACUUUGAAAUGUCACCUGAUACUUACAAAAACAUAUUGGCAUUUAAACAGUAGAUGCAAGUUUAAACAGUAGAUGUAAUAUAGCUGAACCAAAAUUUCCAUUUACAAUGAAUACAAAAUUUGUUAACAACAAAAUAGAUUUUAAAUACAUACAGUGUCAUUCGCAUUGUAUCAUAGGAAAAGGAUAAACAUCAGGAGUUUUUUAUUUUACUUUCAGGAGUUUUGAUUAAAAUUUUACUUUUAAGUCGAGAUAUUAAUUUUGCAGAGGUUUUUAGCAUGGUGGCAGCACUUUCCUUGCGAUAGUAACUUCUAGUUUAAUUUUAUCAUUUACGCGUUCGCAAAACUUACCGAUGAUUGAUUUACUUGGUGUGAGAGGGUGACGAAGUUAUUUUGUAUCUUUUGAUAUAUUUCGUAAUAAAAAACUGCACUUAGAAUGUAUUUCAACAUCAUAACCUACGAACGCAAUGAUGCCUAAAUUGUAUUAUUUAAAUUAAACGAUAUUUUCACAAUGGUAUAUCUAUAUGAGCUCCUAGAACUGUAAUUGCUGAGCGCUCCAGUGUGGAAUAUUAAAAUGCACAACAAAAGGGCAAAUCGUCAACUAAUUUUUUCUCCAGAUGCUUUAAACUCUGACCUUUUCGAUCGUUAUCGCUGUUUCAAUAAAGACUGAAUCGAUCCGUGAGCAUAGCUUUGUUUUGCCUUUUAGUUCUGGCUAGACAAUGUUUUCAUAAUUCCGCAAAAACCACAUACUGUAACAGCAGGGAUUUUUUCCAGAUGACAGAGUUCUAGCGUUGUCCCAAAUUACAGAACAAAACAGAAAAGAGGAAACAGUCCGCAAAAUAAAAUCCCGCAUCUCGUAACCCGCGAUCUCCAGCUCGUUUCCACGAUCCGCAAUCCGCGUUUCAUCCAUCCUCAUUCCGCGUCUUAUGCUAUAAGCCUGUCCAUUUUUCCGAAAUAUUCUAAAUACUCUUCCGCAUUAGAAAGGUAAAAAUCUGAUUGAAAUACCUUGGGGCUCGCUUUUCUCCUGAAAACUAAUGCUUUUGUUUCGUCUUAAUUUAAUAAACAGCGUGUUUUUAAUCAGAUAAGCAACGGCGUUAACGCACCGAAAUUGAAUUCAAAAAUUAAGCUCAUUUUAUGCAAUUAGUGUGAUGUUUAUACAAGCGUUCAUGAGAAAGACAUCUACUUUUCUAUGUUGCAGUUAUGCAGUAUUUCAAUACAGCGAUACAUGCAUCUUAAUUUGUUGUCUUAAAUUUUGGUUAUUGAAUAAAAGUGUAUUUAACUCGUCUCUGCCCUAUAGUAGAGAAUUGGGAAGUGUUAUAGUAGAGUCGGCAACUAAUAUACCGAUAAAUUGGAUAAUAAGAUUGUGACUUUGGAAGCCAAUGUUAAACUACGGUAUGUGUUCAGCACCAAUUAACUGUCAUUCACUAUAAAUAAAAACAUGCACAUUGUCUUAAAUGACGAAUGGUUGCUUUUAGCCAAAGCGCGAAGGCAAAGAUGCCUGUUCAAAAUUACUUACAUCAAAAGUGCAGAUGGCAAUUGUAGCUACUUAUUUAUCGCCCAUUUGAGGAAUUUCGAACCCCUUGAAAACUGAAGUUAACAUAUUAUCGCACACUAUAUCAUGUGGUUGGUCCAUCAUAAUUUGUAACAACCAAAAAAGGUUCGAUAUGAAGAUAUAGCCCUCAGCCUUAUAGGUCUGUUUUAUUUCCACAUUUGGAGCUGGUUUUAAAACAAGUAAUAACCUGUUUUCUACCAUGACACCCAUGUUUAUUAUCACCAUCAUAAAGCGUCUCUCGGCCCUCUCCUAAAUUAAAAGGCCAUUUGCCUGGCAGUAUAUAGAUCAACUGGUUCAUAUUCAUAUAAUCAAUUCACCAUCUCUGAUUUAGAUAAGUCAAUAUAUAUAGGCGCAUAUACUAAAAUUAAAACUGUUUCAACGAAUGACUCCAUCAUGGUUCAUACAUUUGCUGUUUUGAAAAUAAGGAAUACUCAUCCAGUUAAUGCCAUUUCUUGUGCGUCCAGUGUUGGUACAGCACUACAUGAUGAACUGAUUUGAACUAAAUUUCUUUUCUUGAGAAUAUUUUGUAACUUUUUUGCAAUGGAUGUAUGUGACCUUUGCGUAUUUACGUACGAAAAGAUGACAGUCUAAAAACAGACGCGACGGUGUUCGACAUAUUUCGAGUGUUUCGCAUAGUCGUUUUCUAAAAAUAAGCCCCCGAGUUCCGUUUUAAUCCAAUUUUAGUUAAUUCGAAAACAAUUUUCCGCUUCGCUUUCGCUCGUUACUGAUUGAUGCGAUUUGGGGCGUGCAAAGACCCGCUAAUAUUCGCAAAACUGAUGUUUUGAUGGUAACAUUGGGUAGAGAUUUAAUUGCGUGGAAGUGUUUACAUCUUAGGAGGAAAAACAAAACGUUAGAACGGCAAGGUAAGCAAAGAUAAAAAGUUGACAAUGACAGUUCGAUUAGUAUUCCAAUGUACAUAUUCAAGCCCUGAUCAAAUGAGUGUUAAAUUAAUGGAGUUCUCAAAUGGCAAGCGAGAAUUUGCAUGAGAAUUUUCUCAACUCUCAUGCCCCGGUCAAACGAGAACAAGAGUUGCACGAGAGUUAAUGAGUGCUGACAAUAGAUAUUAUUACCACGCGCAUAGCCAGAACGCUCAUCAACUCUCGUCAAAAUUUGAACCAGCUCCACGUUGUGCAACGGUAGUAGAUGAGAAAUGGCGGUCACACUUAACAGGAGCGAGCAGUUGCAACCUCUCAUCGACUCUCAUCCACAUUUGACCUGCAAGGGCUUUGGUAUUCCUUAUCAGAAUCUGGACUGAACCAGCUCAAAGUUCAUGAGAAUUGAUGACUGUCGACGGACAAACAAACGCGCGAGCAUCUGUUGCAACACUCAUCAACACCAAAAGGUUUGUUGGCUUAAAUUGAGCCUAUAUCAACCAUGAAGCAUGAAAGUCGAUGAGGGUUGGGCAAGAUUUGCAGCUCGCAGCGUCGCUUUGACCAAGGUCCAAGUCAAGGCUCCUGAUGUACAAGCUCGAUGAAACUUGAUGAAUUCCGGCUGAACUGAAGAAGAUGGGGAAUGGUCAAAAUGGGGACCAUUUGUACAUCAUGCAGUCUCACCGUUUUGACAUUCGUGUGUUCUUUUUUUAUAUUUCAGAUGGACGUGAUAGACGAGUUCAACCCACAAGAAUGGGAGAUAUCCAGUGAAAACGAAGUGGAAGGUAAAUAUCGAGGGGUUCUGAAGGGGUAAAAUUGGAUGGGAUUUGUCUAUAUUUGCACUGGAAAAAUGCGAUUUCGGUACAGGGACUGGGAAUGACAGACACAAAAAGGGAAUGGGAAAACCAAUAUACCAAUAUAAAGACAGUAUUAGUUGGACAAAGAGUUAAAUAACUUCAUGGAAAAUAAUACGGAACAGGGAUGGAUCCAGCAUGAUCUGGUAAGGGGGGGGGGGUGCUCUGCCAGCUCUGGUGACGAGUUGUGUCGGUCAUGUGUGCCGCCCGCCCAUCAACUUGCUUCACUACUGCAAAGUCAUACUUGACUACUGUAUUUGAAUUGUAAUUGUUGUUCACAGUUUGCUUAUUAUAUCAUGUUAUUACUCAAAUUACUGUAUAUAGCACCCCCCCCUCUGGCCAGGGCUAGGGGGUGCACACCCCCCCCCCAUAAAUCCAUCCCUGAUACGGAACAAAUUUUGAUUGAGAGUUUGUACAAAAAUGUCUUGGAAGACUGCAUUCUGCCCUCUUCCAGCUCCAGGUCAUUUUUGUGCUAUCGCGUGUCUGUGGUUUACUUAGUAUGUCUAGUAUGUGACAGAAAAUGACAAUUAUUUAUAGACUUUAAACAAUUUACUUCGCAAAAUUAUUUCUGAAGAAAGAUAGGCCAACUUUGCAGUUGAAAUUGGGAUUUUGUAAAAAGUUUUCUCAGUCAACUGCCACUUUAUAGCCUGGUUAUUUUAGAAAACGACAUAUACUAUUUCGUAAAACUGAUUUAGUGAUCUUGAAGUUAUAUUGUUGAAGAAUGAAAGUAGUUAUACACUAUAUUCUUGUUACAGAGCUCAGUUGUGUUGCUAUAUCUAAUCAAUAUACACUAUAGUUAAUUUGCAUGGUGCAUUUAAGACUCCCUAGACUGCUCUCCUCAAGCCACAGCCGCCUACGUUAUCAACACAAGUUUGGCGCAUGAACAGUACGUAAUUUGACCACCACUUUGAUUUCCUCCAACAAAAUUUCUAUAGGUUUUGAAGACUUCAACCUAUUCCGAAGAAAGCUCAGCCGGGCUCCAAUGGCGGCGAAUAAUAAUUCUGGAGAAUAUUUCUACUGCGUUCAGGAUUCGACAGACAAAGUACGAAGAGUGGUCCUCAGUGGGUGCAAAGGUGCGAAGGAUCCUUUAUCCGGGGUGGCGAACUGCCGGCUGAAACUCGACGAAAACAAAGGACGUGUGAUCGGAAUUCAACUCGAUUCACAAAUCAUUGUGAAAAAACAAAAAAGCUAACUUUUUGUGCAGUGGCACUUGUAGAAAACCUGUACAUUUUAAACCGUAAAAUCUUGUAGAAAAAAAACAAAUGGGCGAAAAAAAUGUUGCAUGUUGGUUAACCUGGUUGCUAACUGGAAUAUAUAAUAUGUACCUUGCCUAUAGUGUAUUAAUUUACCGAUGCGAUAUUCAUUCUUUGCUUUAUAGCAAAUGACAUGCACAUGAAUUUUUUCAUCGCGUUUAAACCUUUGCCAUUUUAUUCAUUCACUUCUUGGGAUCUACAUUUUUGCAGAAAGUUUCACAGACAUAUUUUUAUGUUUGAUACUGAUAGCUAAUUCCGAAUUCCGAAAAUUGCACUGAUUGAACAUCCAAAUUACUAAAUACAACAAUUUUAACAUUUUUGUUAUUUUCCCCAUAAUAUUUAUUGUAAUCUUUUGCACAAAAUUUUGAGACCUAAACCCAAGUUCCCAGAAAGAACAUAAACUUCUCGGAAACUUAAUUUUCACCACCCUAAAACGUUCAAUUUCAAUGGUCAUUAAAUACCGAGUAAAAUCUGAAAAGCAUUAUUCGAAUGUCCCUAUUUAUAUAUAAGUGGAAAUAUUUUGUAUCGUGCGUUUUGCUGAUUAUGUUUUUGUUAUGAUUAUUUUGCUGAUACAAUUUGACACCAGAAAAACCCCCAAAAAUACAGAAACACGAACAUUUUAAGACUCUUGCAUGCCGCUGCGGUAGACUGGACGCGAGUAAUAACAAACACCAACACACAUGAUUUUGGUAAGGUUGAUAUUUUACACUUGAAGUUUGUACAAUAUUAGUUGCUGCUUAUUAAAAAAGAGUCAGAUUCUUUAGUUUCAUGCGUGGAAGUUAGUAUAGAGCGGAGAGCACUUUUUUUCAGCAAACGGUCGAUUUAUUGUUCUGCUUGUGACAUACUGCGACUUACAUUUUUUUUUAAUCUUUACAUGUCAAAAAGUGUAAACAUUUUUUAUCUAAUUGGCAUCUUUCGUUGCUAUCCUUGUGACCACAGCAUCAGUAAGUGAACCACAUGUCAACUCGCUUUCAGGAAUCUUGUAAAUCUGGCAAGAAUAAAAUUGAAUAGAUAAGAUCCCACCAAGAUCUUACUUUACUCUAUCUAACAUCAGACGACUUUACUCGUCAAUGGGAGAGCGCUCUGCCGUUGGC